AUGACUGCUAAAGCCCCAUAUAUCCUCGCUCCGACAGCAGAUGACUCGUCUUCCGAGCGACCUGCAACGUUGAUAUUCCUCCAUGGCUACGGUGACGACGCAGAGGGCCUUCCCUUGGGCCUGGCCCAGCAGUUCCAGUUCUACAAGAGGAUGCCGUAUUUGAAGUGGAUUCUGCCCAACGCGGACCAUAAUCACGAAGCCAUGGCACGAGCAUGGUAUAUCCCCAAAUCUCUACCUAAUGUAAUGAAGCCACCGAUCCCCGGCCACGAAGAAGACGACGAAGCGAGUCCCGACGAUGAACCAGGUAUAUUGAAGAGUGCGGACAUUAUUGACGAACUCGUUGAGCAAGAGCUGAAGAGCGGCACUCCAGCCGAGAGAAUCCUCGUCGGUGGAUUCAGUCAAGGCUGUGCCGUGAGCCUGGUAUGGAGUCUUGUAGGACGCUUCAGACACGACGUGGGGGGACUUGUCUGUCUAAGUGGUUACUUGCCGCUGAAAGACAGGAUCAAGGCGUUGCAGCAAGACAGACCCGCUGCAAGUCCAGAAGGAAUAGACAAGAGGAAGUGGUUUUAUGUACACGGGACGAAAGACAUGCUUAUUCCGAAAAGACUAUAUUUGCAGGGAAAAGAAGAAUUGUCUCGUUUAGUAGGUCAAGAGCGUAUCGAGGAACAUUUAUACGAAGGAAUGGGUCACUCGAUGAAUGCUGCUGAAUUGAGGGACAUGUUGGGAUUUUUCGAACGAGUCAUUCCGGCAUGA